AUGGUUUUGACUCCAUAUUUUGCAUUGGGAAGGGAGGAUCUGGAAGUGUCUACAAGGCAAAGCUACCAUCAGCACUCCUUUCUGGUCUAUGAAUACCUAGAAAAGGGUAGUCUGGCUUCAAUCUUGAGCAAAGAAGACGAAGCAAAAGAAUUGGAUUGGAGUAGGAGGGUGAGAAUUGUAAAAGGCGUAGCUCAUGCACUGUCUUACCUUCAUCAUGAUUGCGUGCCGCCAAUUGUACACCGAGACUUAUCAAGCAGCAACAUUUUGCUGGAUUACGACUACGAGCCUUGUGUUUCUGACUUCGGCACCGCUAAGCUUUUGAAUCCAGACUCAUCGAAUUGGAGCUCCCUUGCAGGCACAUAUGGAUAUGUAGCACCAGAGUUGGCCUACACAAUGAAGGUAACUGAGAAAUGUGACGUUUAUAGCUUUGGAGUGCUGGCACUGGAAGUGAUCAUGGGAAAAAAACUAGGUGAUUUAAUCUCGUCCUUUUCGUCUCCAUCUGCGUGUGAAAACAAAUUGCUGAAGGAUGUAUUGGACCAACGGCUUCCACCUCCUACACUUGAAGUUGAAGAUGAACUGACAACCAUUGCAAGGGUAGCAAUCACAUGCAGGGAUUUGCGACCGCAAUCAAGGCCAACAAUGCACAUGGUUUCUCAGUCGUUAUCAUUCCAAACUGCAGCUUCCACUGGAGGACCAGACAUCACACUUGAACAACUCAUUAAGAUUUAA